AUGUCUGCUGCUAACGACGUCUGGCGCGACGCAUUUGCGGAGCUGCUGGUCUUUGACCAGGACUUUGACACUGCUCUACAGAUUAUGGUGUUCCAGGACACGCAGGUGGCGCAAUUGGCGCUCGAAAAUACACAGCAGACAACGAGCCAGCGCGCUCGACGCAACGCGCACGACCAGAGCGACGGUACAUCGUUUUGCAGUGAUAGAAGGAAGCGCCGACGCGUGGGAGUUGUAGAAGUGGCGCACAACGCGUCUGAUGGCGCUGUUGUACCUGUGAGAUCUCUAUCAACGUCGCAGUGUGGCGAAUUGGCUCAUCACGUGGUCAGAGAUGACAGGUUAAAGACUCGGGACGACAGUUGUGGCGGUGAAGAAUCGUUUGUGUCGGGCGAAGUGCCACCGCAAACACGUGUUACUUGGGAAAAUGGAAGAGGAGUAGCGACAGGAAAUCUGGUUGGACGAGUCGAGUCGCGUUUAUGCGGCAGUGACGAUCGUGAGCAAUUCUACAGUGGAAACAAGAUUGAAGUCGGACUACCAGCCAACGAUACCAGUAGUAUGACGAUGAGCAACGAGGCUGUUGUACCGAGUUUGUUCAGUACAGGGUCGGGAAAGCCGAUGUUGGUGUCGAAGUCGCGGCUGCGCGCAUAUGAAGAGAAGCUGUAUGGUGAAGACGCGUCGGUGUGCAAGGACACGGCUGCUGCUGUUGCUGCUGCUGCUGGUCCGACGAUGAACAACGAGGCUGUUGUACCGAGUUUGUUCAGUACAGGGUCGGGAAAGCCGAUGUUGGUGUCGAAGUCGCGGCUGCGCGCAUAUGAAGAGAAGCUGUAUGGUGAAGACGAGUCGGUGUGCAAGGACACGGCUGCUGCUGUUGCUGCUGCUGCUGGUACGACGAUGAACAACGAGGCUGUUGUACCGAGUUUGCUCAGUACAGGGUUGGGAAAGCCGAUGUCGGUGUCGAAGUUGCGGCUGCGCGCUUAUGAAGAGAAGCUGUAUGGUGAAGACGAGUCGGUGUGCAAGGACACGGCUGCUGCUGUUGCUGCUGCUGCUGGUACGACGAUGAACAACGAGGCUGUUGUACCGAGUUUGUUCAGUACAGGGUCGGGAAAGCCGAUGUUGGUGUCGAAGUCGCGGCUGCGCGCUUAUGAAGAGAAGCUGUAUGGUGAAGACGAGUCGGUGUGCAAGGACACGGCUGCUGCUGUUGCUGCUGCUGCUGGUACGACGAUGAACAACGAGGCUGUUGUACCGAGUUUGUUCAGUACAGGUUCGGGAAAGCCGAUGUUGGUGUCGAAGUUGCGGCUGCGCGCAUAUGAAGAGAAGCUGUAUGGUGAAGACGAGUCGGUGUGCAAGGACACGGCUGCUGCUGUUGCUGCUGCUGCUGGUACGACGAUGAACAACGAGGCUGUUGUACCGAGUUUGUUCAGUACAGGGUCGGGAAAGCCGAUGUUGGUGUCGAAGUCGCGGCUGCGCGCUUAUGAAGAGAAGCUGUAUGGUGAAGACGAGUCGGUGUGCAAGGACACGGCUGCUGCUGUUGCUGCUGCUGCUGGUACGACGAUGAACAACGAGGCUGUUGUACCGAGUUUGUUCAGUACAGGGUCGGGAAAGCCGAUGUUGGUGUCGAAGUCGCGGCUGCGCGCAUAUGAAGAGAAGCUGUAUGGUGAAGACGAGUCGGUGUGCAAGGACACGGCUGCUGCUGUUGCUGCUUCUGCUGGUACGACGAUGAACAACGAGGCUGUUGUACCGAGUUUGUUCAGUACAGGGUCGGGAAAGCCGAUGUUGGUGUCGAAGUCGCGGCUGCGCGCAUAUGAAGAGAAGCUGUAUGGUGAAGACGCGUCGGUGUGCAAGGACACGGCUGCUGCUGUUGCUGCUUCUGCUGGUACGACGAUGAACAACGAGGCUGUUGUACCGAGUUUGUUCAGUGCAGGGUCGGGAAAGCCGAUGUUGGUGUCGAAGUCGCGGCUGCGCGCAUAUGAAGAGAAGCUGUAUGGUGAAGACGCGUCUGUGUGCAAGGACACGGCUGCUGCUGUUGCUGCUGCUGCUGGUACGACGAUGAACAACGAGGCUGUUGUACCGAGUUUGUUCAGUACAGGGUCGGGAAAGCCGAUGUUGGUGUCGAAGUCGCGGCUGCGCGCUUAUGAAGAGAAGCUGUAUGGUGAAGACGAGUCGGUGUGCAAGGACACGGCUGCUGCUGUUGCUGCUGCUGCUGGUACGACGAUGAACAACGAGGCUGUUGUACCGAGUUUGUUCAGUACAGGGUCGGGAAAGCCGAUGUUGGUGUCGAAGUCGCGGCUGCGCGCUUAUGAAGAGAAGCUGUAUGGUGAAGACGAGUCGGUGUGCAAGGACACGGCUGCUGCUGUUGCUGCUGCUGCUGGUACGACGAUGAACAACGAGGCUGUUGUACCGAGUUUGUUCAGUACAGGGUCGGGAAAGCCGAUGUUGGUGUCGAAGUCGCGGCUGCGCGCAUAUGAAGAGAAGCUGUAUGGUGAAGACGAGUCGGUGUGCAAGGACACGGCUGCUGCUGUUGCUGCUGCUGCUGGUACGACGAUGAACAACGAGGCUGUUGUACCGAGUUUGUUCAGUACAGAGUCGGGAAAGCCGAUGUUGGUGUCGAAGUCGCGGCUGCGCGCAUAUGAAGAGAAACUUUGUAACGAGACUACACUAGUUAACUCGAUCUGUGACGCAGAAGAUGAGUGGGUCAUCGGCCCACUUUGCAAGGGCAGCCGGUUGGCACGGGAUGAAAGUAGGAACGAUGCCGAUCAAGUUGGUGAUCUGCGUUCGAAUUUGAACGAAAAGCUGGAUAUGCAGUCUAUAAGAUCGUCUUUGAUGGAUGAGAAUUUAGUAGCUGGGCGCCAGCGAGGUGCGACUGCUUCAUCGAGUCCGUCACGUACAAGGUUGCAUCACCGAGCUACACUGCACAGUUCCCGUACUCAGCGACUUCAUUACGGCGACAAAGAAAAUAUCCAUCCCGAGUACGUGCCGACUGCAAAGACUGCCGCAUCUAAACCCUGUAAGGUCUGGCGGUCAAUAUCGAAUGAGAAUCGACCGAGCACAAGACCCAUCGCGAAGUUUUGCGGUCACCACUGUCUGCGGCAGCAGGGGAUGGCCAGAAGAGUGUUGCUGCCGUUUGUCGAAUCUCGACCAGAAGCAGUUGGCAAAGUUCGAUUCUACCCCCCAGUUCCUAGCAAAACGUCAAGCGCUUGCAACGCAGAGAGCGGCCGAGGUUUUGGUCGCUUCGGAGUUUCAAGAAGCGAAAAGAAGCAAAGAAUUGUCUCGAAAGCUCAGCCUUUUAUUUACCAAGAAAGUAUGACGACUUCACUGCCCUCGUUGAUGGAGUUGCACAGAGACCGUAGUCUUGUCAAAGGAGAUCACGAUCUUUAUCGACGUCAGAUACUAAACGUCAUCACGGCAGAAAAUGCCGUUAAUGUUCGCUUUAUGGGCAACAACGGCUUAGCGUGUCUGUCGGAGAGCCAUGUCGCAGAAGGACUCUCUACUGGUCCCCGUGAGCUUUACCGUCAGAUCACAGCAGGAAAGCAUAUUUUGAAGAAAAUGGGGGCGACAUUUGCUUGGUUCCUAAACCAUUAUCGAUGGGUCGUGUGGAAGUUGGCUGCCAUGGAACGGUCUUUCCCACGUCUUUUGUUGGAAACGUACUUGACAAAAGAUCAGGUGUUGAGGCAAAUUUCUUAUCGGUACCAGCGAGACGUGACCGAUGCGAAACGAUCGAUUAUAAAGAAGAUUUUGAAUCGCGAUGCGAGCUCUUUAAGCUGUGUGGUUCUUUGCAUUGCUGCAGUAUUGCCGUACCCUGUAGAUAAAAACGAUCUCAUUGAUGCGGAAUGUCCGGCCUGUUUUAAUCUGGCCGUCGUUCUCACGGAUGGGUGGUAUUCUGUGUACGCUGUUCCUGAUGUUCCAUUAGCAACAGUAUUGUGGAACCUGCAUGCGAAGUCAGGUAUCGUCGGGACAAAAAUUGCGGUGUGGAACGCAUCGUUGCAAAAUUCAGCGGACGGGAUCGAUCCGCUCGAGUGUGCUAUCGUUCGCGAAUCACAGUGGAAGCAUCCUUUGCUAGCAAAAGAAGAUCUAGCGCGAUGGCCAUAUCUGCGAUUGCGCUAUAACAGUACGCGUCGUGUACGGUUCGGCACGCGUUUGGGGAUGGAGAAAUUACAUUACGCAGUCUCCGCAAAUUAUGGGCAGUACAAGCAGCAGCAGCCGCAACUUCGAUUUUCGUUGUUGAAAAGUGUCCCACUCAGGAGUUUGGAAGUCGGUGGCGGGAUGGUUCGAGCAGUACGAGUUCGAAUGACCCGCGUUUCUCCUAUCUUAUACCUCCAGGCAAAAGACUACAGAUUAGGACCGCGAAUUCUGUGUGAUGAACAGCUGCCGGUUUACUUCCAGCUUCGGUCCGAGUAUGCUCGAGCUGGUGUGCUAAAAAAUCAUCAACAAGACGGUGCGGACAUCGUAGAACAGGACAGGAUGGAUCACGAUCCGAACAGUGUCCCUUUACCUGUUCCGUUUAUUAAGGUGGACGUAGAAUGCACGCACACCUGUACCAACGAUCAGCGCGGUUCGUGCUAUGGUGUUUUGACGGUCUGGCGUCCUCCGGAAGAGUUGCUAUGCGGCAGAAUCAAAGAAGGUGUCGAGUACUUUGUCAGCAGCUUGAAUGUUAGAUGGAAGCUUGACGGUGGGCGCGGUCAUGAUGCAUACUUACAACUAAGCUCAACUAAACAUAGCACGUUCGACGAAGUUCACGACGCAAUGUCGCCGACAGACGCCGAAGACAAGAAUGAUGCUCCGCUGAAGCCGGGUGAACGAGUUUGCGUUGAUAUUCAGCAAGCGACAAAUGACUAUCGGUCAACUGGGGACAACGGACUGAGUAGUUUUAGAAACGAUCGGAGGCCGAAGAUUGAUGUCUGUGUGUACGUGGUGCUGGUCACAGCUCCUGUGACACAGGAUGAUUCCGCUGCUACAGCGAAGAGACGAGGAGAAGCUUCACUACUUGAUCCUGCUAUUGAGCCUACGGAAAUACGGUAUGUCAAGCACGUAUUUGUCACGGAUGAAAGUUGUCAUUUGAUGAGUAUUCGCGUCUCCGGUGUGGACAUCAGUAUGCCGAAGCUAAGACACAACAGUCCAUCGAAGUGCGUCUCGUCGUCCUCGUUCGUCUUUUGUCGAGGGAACAAAAGUGUUUGGAAAGAGGGUUCGAUUGUAUGCUUGAGUGGUUUGGAGAUCUCGCACUACGACGAGCGCCUAGAUGUGCUGGACUGCAUCUUGGUGGAAAGCACGCAAAUCAUGUCUUUCCCUUCGAAGAAUUCUCCGUUCCAGGAACGAUAUAGCCUCCUCCAGUGCGAAGCGGGCAAAUUGACCAAGCGUCUUUCUGCAAAGCAAGCUCUGCCUACAUCCAGCAGCUUUGGUGAAGAACUCGCACGCCUGAAGAAGCGCGUGCAGCAAGAUAUCCUGAAGACGGACUUCGUCUCAUUCCAGGAAUCGAAUGAGCAGCAUGCUACAAUAGCUGACCAAAAGCGAGUUAUUCGAGUUCCAAAGCUACACGAAGCCGAAGGCGCCACGGAUACGGCAGGAGAUGACGAGGCACUGGGCAAAUCGAGUCGGCUUUUGUGGAAAGCGAAUGUUAUCAAUAUCAAGCUGCUGACUGGAAAUAUUAGAUCGAUGUUCCCCGGUAGCGUGAUAGCAUGCGCGUGCGUGAACGUCGGGACCGAUGACGGUAGGUAUCGAACGGUGUAUCUCACUCGAGAAGCGAUGUUUUCGAUGCAAACGUUGCUCGAACAAGCAGGGACUUGUUGUCGAGAAAAGGACGGCGGUAUUGGUGAUGGCGUGGAUGAGGAUGUUGUCUUAGUGGCUAUCGUUUCCACGAUGCUACGUCAGAUUGGGAUGAACUACCUGUUUUGUUUCGAGGUGAAGCAGAUGCGAAGUGAGCGUUUGGCUAGUAGCUGGAAGCCGUGGGAGCAUCUCCAUGCGUCGUAUUGGCUAGCAAAGACGAUCACGGCGGGUAAACACUGCACCAGCGGGGCUGUUUAUACUGACACCAUGUCGAACGACUUUGAACAUGACACUUGA